GAGCGGUCUCUCUGCAGUGUGUUUAUCCGCAGUAAAGUCGUUAAAGUACGUGAUAUAAAGGAUAGAUUCAGACAUGAGUGCGCAUAAGUUAGUCUUGAUUCGCCAUGGGGAAAGUGUGUGGAACGAGGAGAAUCGGUUCUGCGGCUGGUUUGAUGCCGAUUUGAGCGAAACCGGAGAAAAGGAGGCAAAGAGAGGAGGCGAGGCCCUGAAAGAUGCCGGCUUUGAAUUUGACAUAUGUUACACCUCUGUGCUGAAACGAGCCAUCCGGACACUGUGGCUUGUCCUGGACAGCAUUGACCAGAUGUGGCUGCCAGUAUAUCGGACUUGGCGGCUCAACGAGCGUCACUAUGGAGGCCUGACAGGCUUGAAUAAGGCAGAGACGGCCGCCAAGCACGGGGAGGCUCAAGUGAAGAUCUGGAGGCGUUCCUUUGACAUACCUCCUCCCCCUAUGGACCCAGACCAUGACUACUAUGCUACCAUCAGCAAAGAUCGUCGCUAUGCAGAUUUGACUGAAGACCAGCUUCCUUCCUGCGAGAGCCUUAAGGAUACCAUCGCCCGUGCACUGCCCUGCUGGAAUGAAGAGAUCGCCCCUCUGAUCAAACAGGGAAAGAGGGUGCUCAUCGCUGCCCAUGGAAACAGCCUGCGGGGCAUCGUUAAGCACUUGGAAGGAAUGUCGGAUGAGGCCAUCAUGGAACUGAACCUGCCCACAGGCAUCCCCAUCCUCUACGAGCUGGACAAGAACCUGAAGCCCAUUGCGCCGAUGCAGUUCCUGGGAGACGAGGAGACGGUGCGCAAAGCCAUGGAGGCUGUGGCUGCUCAGGGAAAGGCCAAGAAAUGAGUAGACGAGCACUUCCCUCUGUUCAGAAAACGGUUGGCUGUUCUGGAGAAGUCCUAAUGUCUCACACACACACACACCCCCCAUCUAAAUGCUAAUGCAGUUUCAGUUAGAAACAUAUUGCAUGUUUGAGGGAUAGACACCACUGAUAGUGAUGCAAUGGGACCAGAGAGAGCUACAGCACUCAAGAGAUUGUCAAGAAUUUUUCCUGUAAUGCAUUCUACUUUCUUGAGGAAUUAUCAGCUUAUAUGAGGUAUAUUUCUGUUGAACAUUCCUCGGUGAUGACUUGAAUGUUUCGGUGAUACACAAAUUAUUUUAAAUUGUAAUUUAGGAGAUGUUGUGUCUAACUUGCUAACAAAGAAAUUCAAGUUAUUUUCUGUUUACACUCACUUUUAACAGUUUGUAUUUUUUUUGUCUGUUGUAUUACAGGUUGGGUUUUUUUUUUCUUCUUCUUCCUAAAAUGUCUAAUUUGGUUAAUGGAACAUUUUUGCAGUCUCUUGAGAGUUUAAAGUAAAACUGUCCUUUUUUCUCACGUCCCGUCUGGAUGGUAUUUGUGCAGUGUCCUUAUGGUGUUUCUGCUUGUGCUUUCGGCCACUUUAACUUUUUAUUGUAGUUUCUCAUAUUAAUCUGUUAUUGUGCAGACACGUUACUGUAAGUAUUGUAACGUAAAUGUAAUACUCAGAUUGCUUUCCUUCAGUUUUCUGUUAUGCUGGAUACUGUUCAAAGGAAAAGUU